UCUUAUCAUUCCUGUCAACAGCGCAGCAGGUGGUUUGACGUAAUCAGUGGUCGUUUGGAGCGGAAUCUGGCCUUGCUUGUAAAAUACGCAUUCAUUGUGGUUUAAAUCAUGUCGUUUGUUCGCUCACUGCGUAGUGUUCUCGCCAAACGAACGUCUUUCCCGCGAUCGGUAAAGCACCUUUCGAGCAAUGCCGCACAACAGCAGCAACCCGCAAGAGCAUCGUCGGGUGCUCGGUUUCCCGGUGCCGACCAGGCCACUUUCGUGACGACUCCAAAAUUAUCCCUCCCGGAAAGCAUCGAACCGAUCCCUAUCUAUCGCGUGAUGAACAACGAGGGUGUGAUUGACGACGCGUCCCAAGAUCCCAACCUCGAUCAGGCGACGGUGCGCAAAAUGUUCCGCGACAUGGUGCUCCUGAACACGAUGGAUAAGAUCCUGUACGAGUCGCAGCGUCAGGGUCGCAUUUCGUUCUACAUGACAAACUUCGGCGAAGAAGCAAGCCACAUCGGCAGUGCUGCCGCCCUCAGCCCCGAGGACUGGGUGUACGGACAGUACAGGGAAGCGGGAGUCCUUGUGUGGCGUGGUUUCACUAUUUCGGACUUUAUCAAUCAGUGCUACGGCAACGCGGAAGAUGAGGGCAAGGGACGCCAGAUGCCGGUGCACUACGGUUCGCGGAAGCUUAACUUUGUCACUAUUUCCUCGCCCCUGGGAACCCAAAUUCCGCAGGCGGCCGGGGCAGCGUACGCGUUCAAGUUGCAGCCGGAUAAUAAGCGGUGCGUGGUGACAUACUUUGGCGAAGGUGCCGCCUCGGAAGGCGAUACUCACGCGGCGUUUAACUUUGCCGCAACACUGGACUGUCCGGUGAUGUUCUUUUGUCGGAACAAUGGAUUCGCCAUCUCGACACCGUCCACGGAGCAAUACCGGGGAGAUGGAAUUGCGGGCCGAGCGAGCGGCUACGGCAUGGCGGCGUUGCGGUUCGACGGUACAGACGUGUUUGCAACGUACAACGCCACGAAGCUGGCCCGCGAGUACGUGCUGCGGGAGAACAAGCCCAUCGUACUGGAGGCUAUGGCUUACCGCAUUUCACAUCACUCGACGUCGGACGACAGCACGGCGUACCGGCCGGCGGAAGACCUGGAGGUGUGGAACACGGUCGAGCAUCCGAUCAGCAAGCUGAAGCAUUACAUGAUUCGCCGUGGCUGGUUCAACGAAGCGGAGGAGAAUGAAUAUGUCAAGGCGACCCGGAAACAGGUGUUGUCACAGAUAAACCAAUCGGAACGCAUUCCGAAACCGGAUUGGCGCGAACUGUUCCAGGACGUAUAUCAAGAGAUGCCGGUACAUCUGAAGGAACAAAUGCGAGAAAUGGAGGAACACGUGGCGAAACACAAAGAUCACUAUCCACUCAAGGACCACAAGCAGUAGGCGGGCGCCGCCGGUCAUCGUUGUCUCGUGGGGGCUUCCAUUACAAUGAACCUCGUUCACUCAAGUGCAUUUAUUAGGUGUGUAAUCCGUAGUGGAAAUCGUUCAACCCGUUCAGGGCGACAAAUCAUUGGAACCUUCGUUUACCGUUUGUGCCUUCCUCUAUGCUACAAGUGAAUAAAUUAAUUGUCA